GCCUUGUGUUACGGAUGAAGCAUUCCCAUUCAGAGGGGAAAUCAUCAAAUCAAGACGUGGCGAUGGAAACGUUAUCUGCUCGCGCGCCCGAAUUCAUCUGAGCCACGCAGCAGCACAUGACGACGGCGUGCAAGCCCCACGCCGUGCAGGCGCAGCCGGCGGCGCCCUCGCCGCCCAGGUCUUCGCUCCGGCCAGCUUUCCUCCGCAACCCAGUAACUGUGUGCUCGGGACCGGCGUCGCGAAUGGCGGUCAGGAGGAGGUGCCAGGAAGAGAAGCAGCAGCAGCAGCAGAGCGGUGACGGCGGCGACGGCGGCGAGAAGAAGAAGCAGCAGCAGCAGGAGAAGCGGACGUUCCUUAGCCUGGAGGAGGCCGGGCUGGUGGAGAUGUCCGGGCUCAGCACCCACGAGCGCUUCCUCUGCCGCCUCACCAUAUCGUCGCUGAACCUGCUGCGGGUGAUAUCGGAGCAGGAGGGGGUGGCGAUCGAGGAGCUCAACGCCGGGCGGGUGUGCGACUGGUUCCUCAAGGACAAGCUCAAGCAGGAGCAGAACCUCGGCACCGCCGUCCUGCAGUGGGACGACCCACCGCCCAUCUAAAUUGAAUUCCAACCGUCUCAUUCUCAUCUUAGUACUAAUUUGUUAUUAGAGCUUGUUGCUAGCUCAACCCAUCUGUCAGUUCAUCAGCACGUUACAACGCCCAGGGCAAGACAAACACAAACACAAACACGGUUUUUUGCGAGUUUCCAGAUGUGCCAUGCUCAAAUCUGUAGUCAAUGUCAUAUAUUUUUUGUUAGAGAAAGAUGAAUGUUACUCAUCUUAUAAAA